AUGGCUGUGCGAUUCACUCAACUUUCGAGAUUCUACUCUUUGAAAACAAAGAACAUUUUGUCCUUGGAGGAGUUCAUAUUUAGACAGAAUGUACUUUCAACAUAUCGGUCUUUGAUGAGAAUUAUCUAUAAGCACCACGAACGCGCGGGAUUGGCUCAGUACGCCCGAGAGGAGUUCCGCAUGAACGCUAAGGAGACUGAACUAACCACAAGAAAAUAUUUGCUUCAGACAGGCAUCGCCAAAGUUAAUGAUAUGGCUAAUGUGAUGGGAAUCAAUGCAAAAUUAUAA